AUGCGAAUAAGAAAUGGAGGCCUGCUGUUGUUUGAGCACCGCGAAGCCAAAGGCGCAGACAUGUAUAUAUAUGACGGCCGCAAGGAGCAGCUCAUCUCGCCCGUCAAGUCCGAAGGCAUCGUGACCGCGGUGCCACCCGGCGUCGCCGAUUACGGCGAAAUCCUCAAGCCCGGCGCCAAGGAGGAGGAGACCGCGCCCGCCACCUCCGACGGCGCGCUCGAGCAGGCCGCGAACGCGCUGGCGGCGCGCGGGGCCCACGCGCGCCCCGCCCGCUCCAAAGCGCUCGAGAGGCGCGCCAAGCUCGACCCGGUCAACGGCGCGCUCGAGAAGCUCCGCGGGUUCGUGCCGGACAAGCAGAUCUGCAAUAUUGUCUACGCUCUCACGCCCGACGAGGACGCGUCGAAGAACAUCGCUGCGCUCGUCUACAUGGUGCGCCAGUACGCGUGCGGCGUCAUCAAGGUCGCGCAGGCGAUGCUCCUCGCGAACCUCAAGGAGGAGGAGCGGCUCAAGGAGACGGACGCGGCUCCGGAGGAGUGGCUCGAGCUCGAGGAGCAGAAGAAGCGGCAGCUCGCCCUCUCCAAGCAGCACUCGUACUGGCGGAUCGUCCUGUGCUGCGGGCAGCUGGCGCUCAACAUCCUCGGCGACCGCGCCAAGGACAAGGCGGCCACCGCCGCGCUCGUCGGCGUCAAGGAGGCGCUCGAGCGGAAGGUCUGCAAGUUCAAGGCCGACGCCGAGAUGGAGUGGCUUGCGCGCAUGACCGAGACGGCCGCCGCCGCCGCCGCCGAGCAGCGCAUCAACGAGCUGCAGCAGGAGAACAACGCCCUCGCCGUCGGCGUCGCCACGUCUGCGCUCGAGCACAUCAAGGAGACUUCGGCGCGCGCCACCGAGAUGGAGGCCAAGCUCGCCGAGGAGACGUCGGCGCGCGUCAAGGCCGAGGCGACGGCCAACAAGCUCGCCUUCGGGUUCGGCGUCUUCGCCCUGCUCGCCGUCCUCGUCCUCAAGGCCUUGGAAGAACCCGCCUUGGACUCGGUGCAGGGGCCAACAAGCUCGGCCAGCUCAAAGGGCAAGCUCGACGCCUCGCUUGUGUCGUCGUUCGUCGAGGCGGUGCAGGCGCACGAGGCGCGGGAGGCGGGCCGCGUCAAGGCGACCGCCGGCGUCAUCGAGGGGCAGCACGCCGGCCUCGGCUCCUCCCUCCCCAAGCUCGCCGCCGGGCUGCAGCCCACCGACCUCGCGUCCGUCCUCGACGCCGUCAAGGUGCACUUCCGCACCGAGGCGGAGGAGCCCGACUUCGACUCGGCGCACGCCGCCGAGCACGACGCCAUCCUCGGCGUCGCCUCCGCGGUGCAGGCGCACGAGGCGCGGGAGGCGGGCCGCGUCAAGGCGACCGCCGGCGUCAUCGAGGGGCAGCACGCCGGCCUCGGCUCCUCCCUCCCCAAGCUCGCCGCCGGGCUGCAGCCCACCGACCUCGCGUCCGUCCUCGACGCCGUCAAGGUGCACUUCCGCACCGAGGCGGAGGAGCCCGACUUCGACUCGGCGCACGCCGCCGAGCACGACGCCAUCCUCGGCGUCGCCUCCGCGCCCAUCAAGCUCGCCGUCUCGGCCGAGGAGAUGGAGAAGGUCAACGCCACCAAGGUCGAGGUCCUCGCGCUCACCAACGCCCUCGAUGCGUGCGUCAACAUCGCCGGCCGCGUCUGCUUCCUCGGCCUCAAGGAUGCCUUCACCUUCAACGCCGCCGUCGAGAUGACCUUCGCGCACGAGGCUAUCGACGUCGAGGAGCACGAGGCGGACCACGAGGCGAUCGUCGAGCUCAUCGACGCCGCCCUCGCGUCGCUCGACGCCAAGCCGGCCGGCGCUAUGAAAGCGAUCCAGAGCGCCCUCGUGGCGCACUACGCCUUCGUGUCGGAGUAA